GGGUACGAGCACCUGGGGGGGCGAUGGUGCGGAAACAGCGUGCAGGGGGUGUGCGGGACCGACGGGUCAGUGAUGUGUACGAGCGACAGCGACUGCAACCUGGCGGGAGGGAUCUGCUCGGGAGGAUCCAACGGGGGAAACAGCUGCGUGUCCGAUGCCCAGUGUCCAGGCACAGGCAAAUGCACGACGACAUGCGGGGGGCAGAACAUCGACGUGCUGCUGUGGACCUGCUGCCGGGACAACCAACAGUUCGGGGCCUCGGUGUCCGUGUUCUGGGACGCCAACGAAGAAGACUACAUCCUCGCGGUGGGAGCGAUCGGGGACACGAGCUCAGUCACCUACGGGCAGUCGUACGACAGCCGGAACCACGGGUCAGUGUACCUUUUCCAGCAGAACCUGUGCUGCAUGAAUGGAAGCCAGUACGCCACGAGCGGGGCAGCAUGCGGCGCCCCCUACUCGCCUCUCAACUGCUCCAAUGUGUGGGGGCAAGUGAAGGGGAUUCUCAGCUCGGGGAGGCCCCACGAGUACCCAGUGACCCCAGCUGAGACCUGCGGCAAGGUGGAGUACAACGGAAGGGAGGUGCCGUGGGUGUCGGUGCAUGCGACCAGCCUGAUCCAGUACUACUGCUGGCACACGGAGAAGAUCUCCGCCAUCGACGAGAGCCCGGACACUUACUUCGGUCGUCAGGUGUACCUGAGCACCUGCGAGACGUACCUCAACUCGAGCUCCUCGUGUCUCCUCGUCUCCCGCGGCCUCCUCUACGCCGACGAGCUCUACGUCUACGUCCGCAACAAACCCGGCUACGUCUUCGGGCCCGGGGAACAGCCGUCGGGAACCGGCAAAGGGUACAACAGCAGUCAGUUCGGGUACGGGAGCGAGUUCCACAACGAGUGGGCCCUGCACCGCAAGCACUGCGACGACAACUUCAGGUGCCCCCCGACAGACAACAGCGGGUACGUGCAGUCAAGCACCGAAGCGACGGGCUGCUACUGCAACGGAGGAUACCUCAACGGUCAGAGCUGCUACGCUGACGCUGACUGCCAGCUCGGAGACCAACAGGCCUCAUCGACGUGGGCGGGAAACUGCCAUGACGGUCAAGACAACCUGGGGGCUUACUGCUCGGCUGCUUGCGAGUGCAGCAGCGGGCUCUUGUGCUCGUGGUACGCUGGUACUCUAGGAGGCGAAGCGCAAGGGCUGGCAACAACCAUGCAGUGGAUCUACUCGACGACCCUGCAAGUCGCUCUGCCCGCUAGCUGUCCCGGGGGCGUCAUCGACUCAGGAACCAUCACAGCAGUCGCGAGCUCUACUGUGAUGAAACUCGACAGCUCGGCGGCGCCUUUUGACGGCAUCUACAUCGGGUUCUCGCUCCAGCUGACGACCACCACGUCUCCAUCCUCGGGCGUGGGUUCCUACAACCUCACGGACGUCCGCGACAUCGUUGGCUACAACGCCGAUCGCUUCGUGACCGUCUCCAGCAGCUUCGGCGCCUACCCGACGACGACGUCGCGCUACGAGGUUCGAACCAACGGCCCCUGGUACGGGUACCCCUCGCAGGUGACUGACUGCCAGGGGUUCACAACCGUAGUGGCAGCCGACGCGUCAAACAUCGCGAGCGGGUCGUACAUCCUGAUAGACGACGAGAUCCUGGAGGUGGUGGGAGUCCAGGGGAACAACCUGACGACUCGGCGAGCGAGGUCUGGCUCAGUCGCUGCUGCUCAUGCGGUAGGCGCGGCGAUCAACAUCAUCUCCGACACUGGGGUGUUGAACUCUGGUAUCUCUGCCUCUGCGCAGCUCGACGCGAAGCUUCAGGCCUCCAUCAGCAUCCAGCAGGGAGGCAUCCUCCGCCGCUGCGCCACCCUGACUCUUGACAGCCUGGCCUCCUCCACUGACAACGUCUACCGCAACUGGUACGUGGCCAUCACAUCGGGCGUGGGCGUCGCUCAGUCUGCUCGCGUGCUGCACUACGACGGGACGAACAAGCUGGCGGUCAUCGACUGCAUCCAACAAGGGCAGUACUGGACAGGCUACGCUCAAGCCGGAUACACUUCAGGGUACAGCGGGCAGGGGUAUGGGGCCUUCAGCUCUACCGGCAACAACCCGACGGCGUGUCGACGCAGUUGGAUCGUUCCUCCCGCAGCCUCUUACCGCUACUAUCGACUCCGUGUCAUGAAGGCGACCAGCGGCUGGACGUCGCGCUGGUACAGCCCGGGCUUUGCCUGCACCGGCUGCUGCAUCGCAGGCGGCUGGUCGAUCCAGGAGAUCCAGCUGUUCCAAGACGCGAGCGACUCGACCCAGCCCCCGCAGCGGCUGUCAGUCUCCGCAGCCACCAACCCCUACGCUCCUGCCCCGGUCUCGUCAAGCGUGACCUCGCAAACGGUGAAGCCCGUGCUGUCCAACUCGCCCAACUUGGCGAUAGACAACUGCCCCUCGUCCCCCGGCUCGGAGAUCUCCUGCCCCUCCCUCCCUGGCCAGUACUGCGACUCCAACUCCGUGAGCUGCGGGUCCUCCUCCUUCUACGAGCAGUCCAACAACGGGGCCACCUGCGACUACUACGAGCUGACUCCUCUCAUCCUCGACCUGGGCAGUGCCAAGAGAGUCGACAAGUAUCGGUUCGCGACUACCUCGCUGUCAAGCGCCUACGGGUACGAGCCCGUGCGAUGGAUGUUCGAGGGGACCAACGACGGCACCGCAGCGGGUGGGGAUGCAUACGAUCCUUACGGGUAUUGCGGGGGAGGGAUCAACCUGCCGAGCAACGGGUCGUGCCUGUGCAGCUCGACUGGUCUGCCCUACUGCAGUACGGACCCAGGCGUCUACGCGCAAGACUGCUCGUGUCGAAGUCGAUGGAACACGCUUCACGACAUGUCCAAGUCGGACUAUCAGUACAGCUUGUCCGAGUCUGUCCGAGGCGCGUGGGUUCCCUCGACCUCCAGCACAGUCUACGCGGGCUACUUCUCCAUCCCUCGCUCGACCUAUCAGCUCUGUCCCAACUACGUGGACUCCAACGGAGUUUGCAACCAGGGGCCCUGCACUGAGGUUGCGUGUGCGGGUCCUACGGGGGACGUGGACCCAGUCAGCGUCGACUACCUGAAGCAGGCCCGCUCCUUCGCCUCACAGUACCUCCCAGCCACAAACGAGAAGGGCAGCAAGUUCCGGCCUGGAGACGGUUCGACGUCUGGCGGAGCACUAGGCAACGACGUGACCGGGAAGCCGCUGUGGGGCAACCCAGUGAGUACGGAUCGAGCGAACAAGCGGACGGGACGAGACUCGGGCGACCUCAUGGCUGUUGGAGAUUUCUCGUACAAAGACCGGGGCAUCGUCUUCCUCAUGCGACGCAAGGCCAUCGAUGACUACCUGAGCUACUUCGAGAGGUACCAGUACUACCCCAUGCCCCUGCCAACAUGGGUCGACUGAUAUCCAGUGAGCACGAAGCAGCGAGCACGAAGAGGAACGAGAGGGGAGCGAGAAGUUACAGUUAAGCUAGAAGAAUAUUCAUUGGUUUAUACACAGCAUGAGAC